GGACCGAGAGGAACCACCCCACACAGGCGAGAUUGGGUCCCUGGCCGGUGCGCCAGCCUUGGGGGAGCCUCUCCUCCAGCUGACAUCCUAGGAGGAAGCAAAUGCAGUUGAAGCAAACGAAGCUGAGCCGGUUUGGUCUGACAAAGCCUCCAAGCGUCCGGCUGGGGCCGAAGGCCAAAGAUCGUGUCUUGGUGUCUGGGGACACCGACCUGCCCCUUCCAGUUCUCUAUAGAGCUGCACCAUCUGGAAGCACCUGGGAAGGCAGCGGUGCUGGCUCCGGCCUCCUACCUGCCCGCAGCCAUGGAGAACAGCAGCAAGUUCGACAGCCCCACAAACAUCUCCCUGGCCAGCAGCAACGCUGUCUUCGACGUGAUCGAAUACAAAGCCAUCUCAGUCUUCCUGGUGCUGGUGAUCUGCGGGGUGGGGAUUGUGGGCAAUAUCAUGGUGGUGCUGGUGGUCCUCACCACCCGGGAGAUGAAGACGCCCACCAACUGCUACCUGGUUAGCCUGGCAGUGGCCGAUCUGAUGGUCCUGGUGGCUGCUGGCUUGCCCAACAUCUCGGACAGCCUGGCGGGGAUGUGGAUCUAUGGGCAUGCUGGCUGCCUUGGGAUAACCUACUUCCAGUAUCUGGGCAUCAACGUCUCCUCCUGCUCCAUCACGGCCUUCACCGUGGAGAGGUACAUCGCCAUUUGCCACCCAAUGCGCGCCCACACCAUGUGCACGGUAUCCCGGGCCAAGCGCAUCAUUGCCUUCGUUUGGAUCUGCACCUCCAUCUACUGCAUGCUCUGGUUCUUCCUGGUCGACAUCAAUGUCAACAAGAGCCAGCACCUGGAGUGUGGCUACAAAGUCUCCCGCAACCUCUACCUGCCCAUCUACCUGCUCGACUUUGCCCUCUUCUUUGUCACCCCCUUGUUUGUGGCCACCAUGCUGUACGGGCUGAUCGGGAGAAUCCUCUUCGCCAGCCCCAUCCCCGACCAAGCUGAGGCCACCGCUGAGCCCUGGAGAGAGAGGAGCGGGAAGGAGAAGAACGGAGUGGACACACGGGAGAGCAAGCCCAGCAGCCGCUCCAGGACCAGAGGGGCUCUGUCCUCCCGGAAGCAGGUCACCAAGAUGCUGGCGGUGGUGGUGAUCCUUUUCGCCCUGCUCUGGAUGCCCUACCGGACGCUGGUGCUGGUGAACUCCUUCAUGGACAACCCCUUCCUGAACCCAUGGUUCGUCCUCUUCUGCCGGCUCUGCGUCUACGCCAACAGCGCCAUCAACCCCGUCGUCUACAACCUCAUGUCCCAGAAGUUCCGGGCCGCCUUCAACCGGCUGUGCAAGUGCGGGGGGGAGCCGCUGCCCCGCAGCCUGUACAUGACCACGGCCAGCUACAGCCUGGCGAGGGAGCCCCUGCCGCCCACCUCCCAGCCCCUGGACCACAAGGAAGAUAAACAGCCCCCAACAGCGAGCAACACGGCUCUCCCCAAGCGACAGCAGCCACCACCACGGAGCAAGGCAGACAACGGGGACAAGCUGUACUUCAGUGUGGUGUAGACCUCCCCCUCCCCAGCUCCAUGGCUCCCCCGUCUCCGUAUAUAGAACAGGGGAGGCUGGUUGGGGGACGCUGGGCUCAAAAUCCAGAUCCGAUCUGCAUCGAUGUCCAGCGCUGGCUCUCACAGAGCACAUGUGGGUGAGGGAAAGUCCAGGGCGCACAGAGACAGAGGGGGCCAGCACGGAGGUGAUCCAGGGGGAAUCAAUCCAGCCCCCACUUUGUGCCUAGACACUCUGACGUGGCUUGGUUCCCACCCCUGCAGCCUGGUGGUGAGGCAGCCAGCCCCAGGCAGGGAUCACAGAUCCCGAAAUAGACGCUCUUGUUUUCCCGAGGGUUUGCCAGCACCUCUAGGCUGUGGCACUGUCAGAAGAGCUAUAAAAAUUUGAGUGCCACUGCGUCUCUGAGCUCAUCAGUUGGGCUUGGUUCCUGUGUCCAGCUUUGGAGGAAGCCCUGACGCCAGAUGGGGAAAAAAAAUCCAGACAACGCCACAGACAGCAGGCGGUUAAACUGGCAGCGGUGCGCCAGAGGCAGUAGAUGAGGAAUUUCUGUUCUCCCUGUCUCAUAAUACAGAAACAAGGAGACACCCAAUGAAACCGAAAGGUGGGAAAUUCAAAACGGAUAAAAGGAAAUCCCCUUUCUCACAGUGACUGUGGAACUCACCGCCACAUGAAGUCAUUAAGGUGAAGAACUUAAGAUUCAAAAAGAGACUGGCUAUGGAUAACAUCACAAGGCAGCAAACAGCCCAGUAUCCUACCAACUAGGGCUCUGCUCACCAGAUAACGUGUCGCAGCCAACAUCAACGCCCCCGCAAGGCAGCUGCAGGUUUCACGGGGCCUCAUAGGAGGUCAUUGAGCAUUGCACAGAACUAAAUACAAAGAGAGAGGGGCGCUUGCUAUUUAACCCUUCGAAUGCUGGCAUUUUCCAGAUCAAUGAGUGCACUAGAGAAUCAUCUCCACUGGCUCGUAAAUGAUGGCAAAACCACCAGAAGGAGACUCUCCUGCCCCAGAGAUCUAAGGUCUAAGAGAUCUAAGGACCGAAGGUUGCCGACUCGGGCAGCGUUGCCUUGGUGGCCUGUUUGUUCUUAGCCGGGGUUACCGACAGUCCCGGGGAGCUAAGUGCUGCUUGCAGAGCUGUACCCUCCCUCCUCGGACCGGAGGUGAGAACUGGGGAGAGACGAGGGCAGCUAACGCUGGGACCGGAGUUUAAGUUGUCCUGGGCCCGCGAGUGGGGAAGGAAGGGGAGCUAGACUAGAUAGACUUUACCCCCACGUACACACUGCCUGCCUGUAUUAUUGAUCUGGUUUUACUAGACAUGGGCUGCAGCCGUGCAUUUUGAAUCUGGAUGCAAAGAUCGGGCGUAUUUGGAUCCAGAGUUCUGGUUCAGCCCAUUAUAAACAGGGGGCCACUUGCAAAAUCGGGAACCAGCCCCCAUCUCAAACCCCUGCAGAAUUCCUAGAUGCUCUGGUCCUGGCCUCGCUCCAGAUUUAUUUCUGACCAAAGCACGGGCCUGCGAGCAGGAUGUGCUGUGCCCUCUGUAGCAUGAAUACAGAGCCCCGGACUGCCCCACCCAGGGGCUGAGGUUUGUAUCCACGUGAGUCUGUAUAGCUCAGCAUAAACCCAGGUAGCUGUUGUUUUAAUUCACACCUGGAUUUGCAGAACCUGUGGCCCUUUGUAUUUCAAGCCUUUGUGUUUAUGGGUAUUUGUAUUUCUGUUUUUCACCGGCUUGCUCGGCCCCCCGAGAAGCCAUUGUAGGGGUGAGUAUAACCCGAGGCCUGGUCUCCGCUGGCUAGUUGCAGAUCCCAGUUUACUCAGUCUACAACUUCCUGCUGUGGGGCUUCCUCCCCUUCGCGCUGAACAGCAGAGAAUUGCUCCAUGUGGGGGCUGGGCUGGGGCGACGUAGCCCUGAGCUGGGUUCCGGCGCGGGAGGUGUCCUGAAUAAAUAACACUACGGCUGCACUAGCUGGAUGGGGGGAAAUGCUGGAAGGUAGCUAGAUCUUGGGUUUCAGCCCCAGCCGUGGCUCCGGGAGGCUAAGAAACCUGGGCAAAGCAAGCACAGAAGCAGCAGGCAUUGGCCUCCCGUUGUAAAUUACUUGUAACAUUCU